AAUUUUGUCUUUCAUAAAAAUAGUACAAAUUACAGUGUGCUUAUCUAUUUUAAAUUACAUUUUAACUGCAUAAAACAGAAGAACAAAUUACAAAACUUACCCAAAUUUAUUCGUUAAUAAGAAGAGUAACCGCUACAAAUAUUUGUGGGCCUAUAAUAAAAAGUGGAAAGAUGCAGUUGUCAGCAGAUCCACGUCGCGCUGACAGAGAACGUCGCUAUAAACCACCUCCACCCACUUCUGCUCCAGCAGAAGACCUAACCACAGAUUAUAUGAAUAUUUUAGGGAUGGUAUUUUCAAUGUGUGGCUUAAUGAUGAGAUUGAAAUGGUGCGCGUGGACAGCUGUAUUUUGUUCCAGCAUCAGUUUUGCAAACUCAAGAGUUUCCGAUGACACUAAACAGAUUGUGAGUUCCUUCAUGUUGUCCAUUUCAGCAGUAGUAAUGUCAUAUCUUCAAAACCCUGCACCAAUGACACCACCUUGGGCAGCUCUUACUACAUGAUAAUAUAGAAUAAACAUAUAGUUUCUGUUAAUUUACAAAAAAUAAAAGAAUCACUGUUGAUCUCUUGUA